AUGGAAUCUACUCACGCUCCAGCUCUGGAAUAUCCUGCACCUUCGGAGGUAGAGAAGGACCUCUCGUCGCACGACUCUUCCCACAGUUCUACAGCUUCAGACGCAGAGAAGGACUCAGCAUCUGCCAAGCAACAUGAUGGCAACUCCCUAUCACAACAGGUUUCGAGACAGUUGUCACACCAAUUAUCACGUAUUGCUACUUCUGAUUACCCAACUGGCCUCCGGCUCGCUAUGAUUGUGGUCGCACUCGUAUUGACCAUCUUCCUGAUGGCCAUUGAUAUGACGAUAGUGGCUACCGCCAUACCUCGCAUCACAGAUCAAUUUCAAUCCCUUGAUCAGGUUGGCUGGUACGGCUCGGCAUUUUUCUUGACCCUCGCUUCAUUUCAAUCGACAUGGGGCAAAGCAUACAAAUACUUUCCCCUCAAGCUUUCUUUCCUCGUCAGCAUUUUCGUCUUCGAGGUGGGCAGUCUCAUCUGCGCUGUGGCCAACAAUUCUACGACACUCAUUGUUGGGCGAGCCAUCGCCGGAGCAGGCGGGGCAGGCAUAGCUAGUGGAAGCUAUACCAUCAUCGCCUUCAGUGCUUCUGAGAAGCAGAGAGCAACUUAUAUUGGCCUUCUUGGGGCCGUCUAUGGCCUUGCCAGUGUCGUCGGACCACUGCUGGGUGGAGUCUUCACUGACAAAUUGAGCUGGAGAUGGUGUUUCUACAUCAACCUUCCCAUCGGUGGUGUUUCCGCUGCCGUCAUAGCCCUGUUUUUCACAGCACCACCGGCUGCGCGGCCUCAGAAAGCUAGCCUCAAAGAAAAGUUGCUCCAGAUGGAUCUCCCAGGCUCUUUGACCAUCAUGGCUGCUGUAGUUUGCUACCUUCUUGCCAUGCAAUGGGGCGGUACUUCGAAGGGAUGGUCGUCCGGCCCCGUCGUUGCCACCCUCGUCGUCUUUGGUGUCCUGGUCAUUGCCUUCGUUGGCAUCGAGUGGUACAGCGGUGACCGUGCACUCAUCCAGGCCCGCUUUCUCAAGGAUCGUACCAUCGCCGCACAAUCAGCCUUCGUCUGCUUGGCGUCGGGCCUCUUCUUCAUCGUGAUAUACUAUCUGCCCAUCUACUUUCAAUCAACUCGAGGCGCUUCUGCCGCAAGAUCAGGCAUCAACAACCUACCUCUUGUCCUGGGUGUCUCCCUCUUCACUGCCGUCUCUGGUGUCCUGAUAACAGUCUUUGGCCAUUACAUUCCUCUCAUGAUUGUCGGCUCAGCCAUCUCGACUAUCGGUGCAGGUCUUAUCUACACCCUCGAACGAGACACUGGCUCAGACAAAUGGAUUGGAUAUCAAGCCUUCGUUGGUAUUGGUCUUGGCCUCAUCUUCCAGAUACCAGUUAUUGUCAACCAGGCUCUCGUCAGCCCUUCUGAUCUCUCGUCCAUCACUGCGCAAACCCUUUUUUUCCAGACCAUUGGUGGUGCCUUCUUCAUCUCGGCCGCACAAGCAGCAUUUGCCAACAGACUGCUGGCCCGCGUUGUCAUUACAGCGCCCACCGUAGAUCCGGGACUGGUCCUCGCUACCGGUGCCACAGAGCUGAACGAUUACUUCAAUGCCGAGGAGCUUGAUGGCAUCAUAAUUGCCUACUUGGCUGGAUUGAAGAUGACUUUCGCGAUUGGAAUUGCGUGUGCUGGCGUUGCCUUCUUCCUAGCUUUCACACCAAGGUGGCAAAACUUGAAGGGCAAGGUGAAUCCGGGUGCUGCUGUAUGA